AUUGAAGUACACGUUGUUUCAAGGUCACUUUGAAUAAUGAGCAAAUUAUAAUGGGAUGCCUGGUUGCCUACUUUUAUUAAUAAUUUGUAUCUACUAACUAAUUGGUGUUGUUUUACGCUCUUAAGGACCAAUCGAACCAAGCAUCUUUUUUUCUCCUCAAUGCAUAUAAAAUGCCCCUUGUGUUACAUAAAAUUCGAUGCUUCAGACAUCAUCUUUCCACCUUAUUUUACAAUCAGUUAAGAAAAUAUGGUGAAGUCUCUACCACUACUACGGCUACUUCUGCUUCGGCUGCUCCUGCUACUUCUAAAAUUGUACGUGUGAAUUUUAUCAAUCGUAACGGUGAUGUUAAAAGUAUUGAAGGGAAAGUUGGCGAAAAUUUAAUGACUCUGGCUCGUCAACAUAAUAUUGAAAUUGAAGGAGCAUGUGAAGCUUCACUGGCGUGUUCCACUUGUCAUGUAUAUGUUGAAGAAAAGUUUUAUGAUCAAUUACCACCUGCUUGUGAAGCUGAAGAAGAUAUGUUAGAUUUAGCUGUAUUUUUACAAGAAAAUUCAAGAUUAUCUUGUCAGAUAACUUUAACCGAAGAGUUGGACGGAAUGAAAGUCACAUUGCCGAAAGCUACAAGAAACUUUUAUGUUGAUGGGCAUGUUCCACAACCACAUUAGAAUAAAAAUAUCAAAAGUUAUCAAUACUAGAUGUAACCGUUUAUCUUGUUGUACAUAAGAUGAAAACGUUUUGACAGAAGAAAAAAAGAGAAUUACAAAUAAAACUUCAUCUAGA